GUGAAUUAGAACAUCCUUGAUAAAGCAGCACAGCGUUACUCGCUACAGAGCAACGCACAAAAACUGACACGCAGCCAGUAUGACAAUUAGGAUUCUUUUUAUUGCUGCUCUCCUAAUAAUAUAUCCUGCUAAUUCCCAAAAGAACCUAUGCGAUCCUUAUUGGUACUCUAUGUACAACCCUGCUGUUGAGCAGUGCCGGGAUAUAAUACGAGUGAUGGGUCGAAUGACAGCGGACACUUCUUUGUUGUUGCUCUCCGAAAAUGGAAAACUUUUAACAACCGACUCACCAGUAGAAAUGAUUCUUACCUUGCAUCAGAAAUUUGCUGAAUGUGUUCUGCAAGCCGACGAUAAGAUUUUGCCAAUGGAUGAAUUAUUUUUGCAAGACAAGGAAAGAGUGUAUGAGGGAAACAGAUUCCUCGCUGAGAUCAUAAAUUUGUGCAGACAAACGGCAGAAACGAUAUGCCCAUUCCAUGAAGUUUUUAAAGAGGAGGACAGGAUUCCAACAAACUGUAUGCCACACCCAUUAAAGCUAUUGAAAUGUAUUCGUCAAACUGGGGUUCCGGAGUGUCAGAAGCAAAAUAACUCAAAUGAAGGCUUAAGGAGCAGGGAAGUGCGUGCAAGGAAAGCGAAAAAAAUUCAGCACGUCUUUACAAAACCCAAGAAGUUUUAAAUAAAAGUGUAUUAUAAAAAUAUCAAAA